AGUUUGCGAGGGAGGAGACCGGUUGUGUUUCUGGCAUCCCCUCUGGAUACACAUACACAUACAAACACACACACGCGGUGUGUACACAAUGACGUAUACGUAUUGCGUGCGCGCGUCAUGUGCAGACGCGUGUGUGGGUGCUGUGAAUCCCUCUCUCCCCCUUCUUCUUCUCUCUCUGCUCCCUCUCUCUCUCUCUCUCUCUUUCUCUCUCUCUCUCUGGACUUGAUGCCAGUACGAGCGCGCACUUUCGAACGACGCGUCGUGUUUGCUCUGAGGGACGAUCAGUCUGUUCUCCACGUUCUCCACGCAAGGACAGGAUCGUUCUGUUCCGCUCUGGACUCGCGACGUGAAUCAUUGACUGUGUACCAACAAAAGGGUACAGAUAACAUGCAUUUGUCCCUGUUCAAACGAGAACUCGACGUUUUUUGGCCUCACGUGUCGUCUUGCGAGAUAAAAGUGCGGAAGAUAUGCUGAUGUGACUCUCUUAAAUCAAGAGAAAUUAUAUUUGGAUCUUCCACACUUUGUUGACGCGAAAGUACGUGGAUAGACGAUUUAAACGAGUUUAGUUUUGUUAUGACUCAAUUAAUAGCGCACUACUCGAGACCAGCCUUGCCAUCGUCGUCGUUGUCGUCUUCAUCGUCGUCGAUAUACUGUCCGAUAAUCUCGAGAUGAGGCCCUUUUUGGUACUCGCGCUCGUUUGCCUGUUAACGAAAAUUGGGGAUUGCCGGGCAGCCAAUAAGGAUGAUACCGAUAGCAGCAAUAAACGACGGCACAAAUUCUCUGUCGAGGAAUUACUCGCGAACAAAUUUUCCCAUCUCAUUACCGGCGACUUGGACGUCGAUAUCUGUAAAGCUGGCGGUUUUCUCGGUGACAUUGCACUGCCAAAUAUCAAAUAUGACACAGAAUGGCGCGAACAAAAGUUAAAUAAAAGCUAUCUGGAAGAAUUAAAGAAGUACAGGGAGGAAAUAUUGAAGGAGGGCCUUCAAGUGGAGGAAGAGGGCCUUACAGAGAUCCUCCAGUUUAAGAGUAAACACAAUAUUGACGAACAAUUGCUCAACGAGCAUGAAGAGAUUCAAAGGACACCGGAUUCGAUUAUGAUAAAUCACAAUCAAUAUAACAUGGGUGGCGAGUCUGAGGGUGGUUUCAGCUUUAAUGCUAAAAGCGACGACGCUAAUCCCGCAGUGAAAGAUGAGGGUUUUGCGUUUAGCAAGCUGGAAUCCUCGACGCAAGCUUCGAAAAAAGGGUAUUCCGAGCGACAAGCUCGUCGACAAAUUUCGAGGAUAUCAGGAUCAGUGAAAGCUAGACACCCGACUCAUGAUAUGCCUCUCGAAUCUUCAACCUCCUCCGCAGCUUUUACUACUGAGGCUAGUAAAUAUGUAGGUCACGUAUAUACGGACAACAUCAAGGAAACAUUUAUCGCGCAACCUAAAAUAAAUACGCAAAAACCAUCGAAUCGACGACGGCGACGUCAUCAUCGCAAAAAGUAAGAAAGUUUAA